UGCACUAGGUGGCAGCUGUAGUUUAGCUCAGUCCUGUUCAGGCUGAUUCCUCUACCUGGAUUCUCAUUCUGAGCGCGUCUCUCUGAAGCUGCUCGACUUCAUCCCGCCAUCUCCGGUCCCGUCUUGGCAAUUCUAAAAAAUCAAUUGUUGUGUCGAAGCCCACAUCAGCUGCAAGCGGCAGUGAAGGAGAACUCAGAAAUCUGAUGAGGACAUCUACAGAAGAGGUGGGAGCAAAGAAAAGGAGAAAUGAAGGAUGUCUUCUGUCCUGGAUAAGUGGUUGUGGCACCAUGAAUACUGGCUUCCACCGGGUAUCACAUGGGAAGAUAUUGAAAACUCUGAACAUGCCCGAUAUCCCCGACCUCGUGACCUUGCCAUCGCCAUUCCAUGUGCAUUUGUCUUUAUCGCUGUCCGUUUUCUGUUUGAAAGGUUGAUUGCUUUACCUCUGAGCAAGCAUAUGGGUGUGAAGGAGAAAUACAGAAGGAUAGCACCUCCUCAGCCUACUUUGGAGAAAGUCUAUACAACACAGCCCACAUGUCCUAAAGAGAGUGAUCUCCUUGCCCUUUCCAAGCAGUGUGACAUAUCGGUGCAGGAGGUGAAGAUAUGGUUUCGGCACCGGAGAAAUCAGGACAGACCCAGCAUCACCCAGAAAUUCUGUGAAGCCAGUUGGAGAUUUGCGUUUUACCUGCUUGCUUUUGUUGCUGGUCUCUGUGUGCUCCUUGAUAAACCGUGGUUCUGGGAUCAAAAGGAGUGCUGGAAAGGAUACCCUCAGCAAGUGUUGCUACCCUCCCAGUACUGGUACUAUAUGAUAGAACUGGCUUUCUACUGGUCCCUCCUCUUCAGGGUCUCAUUGGAUGUGAAGAGGAAGGACUUCAAGGAGCAGAUUGUUCACCACAUUGCCACCAUUUUUUUGAUUGGCUUCUCCUAUUGUGCAAACUACAUCCGGGUGGGGACCCUGGUGAUGUUAGUUCAUGAUGCAUCUGAUUAUAUUAUGGAGUGCGCAAAAAUGUUGAACUAUGCAGAAUGGCGAAAGAGUUGUGACAUGCUGUUCGUGGUCUUUGCUGUGGUCUUUCUGAUUACACGGCUUAUCAUCUUUCCAAAUGUGGUAAUUUACACCACUUUCUACUACUCCAUGGAGAUUUUCCAGCCCUUCUUUGGUUACUAUUUUUUCAAUGUUCUCCUGAUGGUCCUGCAGCUGUUGCACAUAUUUUGGGCCUACCUCAUUUUGAGAAUGGUAGUCAAGUUCGUGUUUGUUGGGAAGAUUGAUAAGGAUGAAAGGAGUGACGAUGAAGAAAGUGACAGGACUGAGGAGGAGGAAGAUGGGAGGAUAGAAUCAAAGUCUGCAUCAUCGACCAGUCACAAUGGUGUGCUAAAUAAAAUGACAAAUGGGAUGAAAAGCAAAUCAAAUGAAAGGAACAAGCUGCCCAAAGUCAGGUAGCUGGCAGCUGCGUAAUGAAGGAUGAGGUUAGCACCGACUUAUUAAAAGAUUUGUUCUUUAGAUUUUUGCUGAUGAACACUAACAACUGCCUGCCAUGACACUCAUCCUAUACAUUUGUAAAAGGGAUUGCAAAGCUGCAGAAUCUACAAUUAUCCACAAUUCUACUGCAAUGGACCUGCCUCUCCUUCAUGACCUUGGUCAAACUUCACAUUUUUCAUUUGACUUCAAAUAUUUUGUCAGGGGGCAUGUGUUUAACACAAUGUUCCCAUUUUAUACAUCACAUCAUCACUAUUGAGGCCUUCACGCAGAUAAAGAAUUCAAGAUCUCAUCCAGGAAACACUUUCAAUAUUGAAAUACUGAUUAACAAAGUGAAGUUAUUUGAACGAUUUUGUCAAACUGACUAGUUUUAUUUGUGUUUAUGGCCCCCCUCCCCCACCCCCACCUUCACCCCCAUUGUGUCGUUAAUUCCCCAGGACUUUGCAGUGUGGUUCUCAUAGUGGACACUAUGUAUUGUACAAGACCAGUCUGGGCUGAUUCAUUCUUGGGAGAUGCCCGAGUUGGUAAGCAGCAUAGCUGAGAUAAGGAACUCUCUGGCAGACUGACAUGACAAUCCAGACCCCAGUGUAAACUGUUUUUGUCCUGAUAUGCUAAACAUCUGAAAUACUUAGUGUUGCAUUUUUUAUGUAUUUAUUCAGAAGCAGAAUUGGUGGAUGUAUUUUGGGGUGUGUUUGAGUGUUUAGUCCUUGACAGAUUACAAAUCCUAGUAGUAUCACUGGGCUGAGCACAGAGCAUCAAACUGGAUUUAAAUCCAGCUUCUGAUUUAAGGGAUUUUUAAUGACGUUUCAGUAGUUUUCUGGAAACAAUCAAAGUGCUGAGAUAUGACAGCGAUCCAGCUUCCAACACAUUUUCUCACUAGGAUUAGCAUAUUCUCACAGACAUUGAACCGGAAAGGGAUGUGCUUCAAGAGUUUUAAUUUCAGCAGCUCUGCCUCCUUCCGCCACUGAGGAAAGCCAAUGGUUUCUGUUGUACCCAGUCUGUAAAAUUUCAGCAUUAAGGGGCACUAUUCCUUUUACUUCCAGUGUACUGUGUAGGUAAGCUGGCAUCACUUGUAAUGGAGGUUAACUUUUCCAUGAACUUUCCAUCAAAAAUACAUUUUUAAAAGUUGGAAUUCAAAUUUUUGUGUGUGUUGAGCUGCAACGAUGUCUGCUUUCCUGGAAUUCUCUAAAGGGAGCAUCAAGAACAGCAAUCUCUGCUGGUGUGAAAAGAUGCAAUGACACAAGAUGCCUUCCAGGAUGGGGUGUGGUGCAACGGUCUCAUGGCAUUUAUUUGUAGGAUGCUCGAGUGUACCUGCUAUUUAGUUUCUCAGCUCUAAUCUUCACAAAGUGGACCAUUUCAAGACAUGAAAUACUUCGGUCUCCAGAUGUUUUGUGUAUAACUGAGUAAAGCUAUGGGGAAGAAGUCAAUGGGCCCAGAGGAAUCUUGUUUUAAUACUGAAAACCAUGCCAAUCUUGCUGACUUUGACCAAUUAUUGAGUAUAGUCUGAAUUCUGAAGGGGAGAAGAUGGGUCGUUGCAGGACAGUUUGAAAGAAACUCCUUUUGCAAUCCUGAACACUGUAGGGCAUGAGAUGCAACAACCAAGACUGAAAUAAUCUUAUGGACUUUCUCAUUUCAUGUUUAAGUUGCUCAUGCACCCUCUUGCUCAUGUUUAUUUAACCUUUCUGGAGUUGAACUGUAUCCAGACUGAAUGAUGCUGUUGUACAGAUGACAGUCUUAGUUACAUUGCUUGUAAAUACAUAAAAAUCUGAGUGCACAUCUUUGAUUUAAACACCUGUACUGAUUGACAUACUAAGUGUCUGAUUCUGCACCACCUAGUCAAUUUCAGUAGAAAUUUAAAUAAGAUUUGUUUUGAAAUUAUAUCUGAAUAAAUUAAAUUUUUUACAAAGUU